UAGUUAUUAGCAAAGAGCCACAGUUACGGCAAAACAAAACGUGUUAGGGCUAUGGACCAAACAUGUCGGCUGUGCAACGAAACACACCAGCGACCCUUGGUACUGAUAUCCAGCUACAGAGUUUGUUCUCUCGACACACAUCUAACGGCAGAUCUAAACGAACUCAUUCAACAAUAUCUUUCCAUAAGUUGUUGGCUUGUCCCGCGUUUGUGUUUCCGCAGAAAACCUCGUUGGAACCAGACGCGUCCAUCUGCCCUGUUUGUCUGCAGGCGAUUGCAGAUUGGCAUUCUUUUCGCGAGAGGUGCCUCGAAAACGAGAAAAGUCUUCACCACCGCCCAGUUACGUUUGAAAACGCUAUUCUCGGCAAAUCGGAGGAUUUCAACUACAUCGAGAAUAACAUCGUCGAAGAGGAGAGUCCCGUUGAAGAUGGUGGUGCCGGGUACAAGAUCGAGUUUGUCAGCGAUAACCCAAUGGACGCGAAUGUUUCGGAAAAGGAAGAGAUUGGAGAGCCAUACCACGUGGAACGUCUCAGCUGCGAAGCUGUAGAAACAAUCGAUUCUUUUGGCGAAAGUAAUACUGAUGGUUGUUUGGUACGGAUCGCUCGUAAGGACGUGAUGGUUCGCUCGCACUUGAAAUCUAAACGCGGCGAGCGGCGCACGAGGCCCGGCAGAAAACCAAUCAUGAAACGCGGUCGCCAAAAGGUAUCGGAAAAAGAGAAAAGUCUGUCCGGGUUGAUAAAGAACCGUGCGCGGAACCGUGCGUGCAGCACGAAACAGCAGCAGGCCUACGCGAAGAUAUGCCCGAUAUGUGGAAUGACACGCACAGAUAUGACGGCACACAUGCGGUGGCACAACAACGAGCGCCCGUAUCAGUGUCCGUACUGUCCGAAAAUCUUUGUGAAUAGCUCCAACCUGAGAAACCAUGUCAACUUGCACACGCGUGAGAAAAUGUACAAGUGCGAUUUGUGCGAGAAAGAGUUCCCGAGCACCACUGGGCGGAAUAAGCAUCGGGAAACGCACGCCACCGAGCGGAUGUACGCGUGCCCCGUUUGUGAGAAAUCGUUCAAGUAUCAAGCGUCGUUGUCCCGCCAUAAGCUGAUUCAUUUUGAGGAGCCCAAAAUAAAGUGCAAAGAUUGCGACAUGGUCUUUCUAACAAAGGCACGGCUUAGAAAGCACACCUUCGUGCAUCUGGACGUGAAACCAUUCGUGUGUGAUGUAUGCGAUAGACCAUUCAAUAGGAAGGACAACCUCAAAACUCAUCUGAAAACGCACGAAAAGAGCGUCUCUAAUGGCACCGAAGCAUAACGAACCAAAUCGGCGUUGGAAAGUGAUCCAAAUAUAAUAUUAAGAGAUUAAUGUAAUGUAAUAAGGGACAAACCAAACCUCAGUUCUUUUUCAAACUGUGCAAGUGGACGAAA